AUGGCGCAAUUAUCCCAUCAUUGUUUGUGCUUUACUCAACCACGUUUGAAUUAUUCUAAAGAAGAGCUCAAAAUACUUUUUACGACCAGAGGAACAACGUACAUUUAUGGCCAUGGCGGAGUAUCCCGACCAGACAAAAUUCCAAUGAAUCAGCCUCUUGUUUUCAUUGUCAAUCCUGAUUUUACGCUGGGACAGUUCUCUCGAGAAGCACGCGCAUACUCAGUCGACAAGACUCUGACAGGACUAUCACCUACCGUAAAGUCAAAGAAAUAUCACGUCAGCCGGUACCUUGAAGACUUCGUUCUUGUAAGGGACACUUAUACCGCUGUCUUCACAGCAACUGAUGCUGUUGCCACUGACAAGGCACGAAGAAGCGUGUGA